AUGGACCAUCUGAUCAGUUGCCAUCUUCCAGCAAUCACGGAGUCAUUGGAGUUUCUACAGAUGAAUGAAAGAAUGUUCAAGGCGUCCUGGGGAAUUUUCAGUAUAUUAAUGGAUCAGCAAGCCACAGUACAGAGGGAAUAUAAUGCUCUUUCAAUCAUGGAAGUAGGAUCUCACGGAAGUGUGAGGAACAGAUCAGGUGCUGUUGGGCUGGAUUCUGUUUUGGCACAUAAUCAUAGCCAUUUGGUUCAAGGAAACUAUAUUGGCCAUCCUUUUCAGCCUUCUGGCAAUCCCUGGGUUGACCAACAAUCAGGCAAUCAUGGUAGUGGUGGGGGAACUCUGGCCUGGAAUCAUGGACCUGCUUUACCUUAUUUGCAUGGGAGCAAUAUCAGUGGAGGUCCUACAGAGGCUGGGAAUGUGGGUAUUCAGGGAUAUCAUGAUACAUCUAGUGGCAGAAGUUCCACAAAUUACCUUCAACCUCCUGUCCUUCACCGGCACCAUAAUCUUCAUUAUCCACCACCACCACCUAUGCAAGGAGCAAGAAGCCAUUUCCACCCUCAAGUAGUGGCAUCUUCGAAUAGACUUGCUCCACCUACUGGGAUUAGGAUGGACCGAUCUCAUCGAGGGGGAGCCGCAUCUGAGGCAACAUCGAGACAUGGAAAUCUUCCUUACUUGAGAAUGCUCCCAGCAGAAGAAGUUGCCAUACUAGAUCUUUCAGGAUUUAAUGAAGCAGGGGAAGAGGAGUAUGAGAAUGAAGAGAAGAUUGGAUUUCUUGAUUGUGGGCAUGAGUACCAUGCAGAUUGCUUGAAGAAGUGGGUGCUGGUGAAGACUGUCUGCCCCCUCUGCAAAGCCCCAGCAAUGACUUGUUCAUAA